UGCGCUCUCUAAGUAACUAUGAAGCAAGAUGGCUGACUCCAGCAUGACCGACACAGCAAACGCACAAAUCGGAAACGGAGACUCCGCCGAGAGUCUUAGUGACGAGGUAAAGAAGAAAGCAGAGGAACUCAAAGAAAAGGCAAAUGAAUACUUUAAAAAUGGGGAUUACUCCCAGGCCAUUACCUACUACUCUCAAGCAAUAGAACAAAACCCCUAUGUGGCUGCAUACUACGGUAAUCGGAGCUUUGCCCACAUCAAGACAGAAAGCUUCGGCUAUGCAUUGAGUGAUGCCUCUAAAGCCCUUCAGCUGGACAAAAACUAUAUCAAGGCUUACUACCGGAGAGCAUCAGCAAACAUGGCUCUUGGAAAGUUCAAAGUGGCACUCAAAGAUUUUGAAUCAGUUGUAAAAGUGCGACCAAAUGACAAGGAUGCCCGGGCCAAGUUCAAUGAGUGUAAGAAGAUCGUCCAAAUGCAGGCUUUCCAGAAAGCGAUCGCAGUGGAGGAGAACCACAAGUCGGUGGCGGACAGCAUUGACCUGGCCUCCAUGAGUAUUGAAGACGACUACCAAGGCCCACGAUUUGAAGAGGGAGGAGUCACUCUGAAGUUUGUGACAGAUCUCAUGAAAACCUUCAAGGAGCAGAAGAAACUCCACAGAAAAUAUGCCUAUCAGAUCCUGGUUGAAAUAAAGAACUUCUUUAUAAAACAGCCUAGUCUAGUGGACAUUACAGUGCCAAAGGGAGAGAAGUUCACGGUGUGUGGAGAUAUCCAUGGCCAGUUCUACGACCUGUUAAAUAUAUUUGAGUUAAAUGGUUUACCCUCAGAAUCUAACCCUUAUUUAUUUAACGGAGACUUUGUGGACCGAGGAUCGUUCUCAGUGGAGUGCGUCGUCGUCCUGUUCUGUUUUAAACUUCUGUAUCCCAAUCAUUUCUUCAUGGCAAGAGGUAACCACGAGAGUGUCACGAUGAAUCAGAUGUAUGGCUUUGAAGGAGAAGUCAAAUCAAAAUACACGUCACAAAUGGCGGACCUGUUUACAGAGAUCUUCAACUGGUUACCACUAGCUCACUGUAUAAACAACAAAAUACUAGUCAUGCAUGGUGGUUUAUUUAAAGAUGACAAUGUGACUUUGGAUGAUCUCAGGAAAAUUGACAGAAACCGACAACCGCCUGAAUCAGGUCUUAUGUGUGAGCUGUUGUGGUCGGACCCUCAACCCAUGCCUGGUCGAGCGGAGAGUAAGCGAGGAGUAGGAACCAUGUUUGGACCGGACAUCACCAGUAAAUUCUUACAACGAAACAACCUGGAGUACAUAAUACGAAGUCACGAGGUGAAACCAGAGGGCUACGAGGUCAUGCAUGACGGGAAGUGUAUAACGGUCUUCUCCGCCCCUAACUACUGUGAUACAAUGGGAAACCAAGGAGCCUUUCUGACAAUUACUGGAGAUGAUUUGACGCCAAAGUUUACAUCAUUUGAUUCUGUGCCACAUCCGAACGUGAAACCUAUGGCCUAUGCAAACAGUUUGUUUGGAAUGUUUUAGUCAGCAGGAGUUUGACUCUAAGCCUAUGAAAUGAGCACUGUAUAACCAUAAUGUGACAGAGAAAUCACGGAGACCGCUAAUGGAAGGAAACGCCAAUCACCCAACUCAUGCAAACCCUGGAUACCAGAACUCAAUAUCAUCCUAUAUACAUGUAAUCUGAUUAUGUGACUAUCUUUGUUGUAUGUACUGAGGGUACAUAGUGAUGUGUACGCCUGAAGGAGCACCGCUGUUGUUCAGUGGUUGUUAUAUCACGGUGGUGUCACUACCCACUCGGUGUAUACCGGACUAAAAUGUGGACCUGUGUCUUGGACUUGAAUGUAGAUGCUACUAUGUCAGUACUGUUUGUGGCAGCUGAUGUUUUUAUUGUCAGGAACUGCAAGUUUUAAUAAACAAUAAACAUUGA